ACAAAUGACAUUUAUACCAUUAUUCUUCAAAUUAGGUGUUAUCAGUACAAUUUUAAUAUUUUUAACAGCAAUGACAGCAAAGGGUCUUUUAAUUGGAAUUACAUUAUUAUUUUUCAACUUUACUGGAUUCUUUGCAAAAUUUUAUUCUAAUAAAUUAGGAUCUCAACAUUCAACACCAAGCUGGCAUUACCCACAUGCAGCCAGCAGUUGGGUUCAACCCACAGUAGUAAAACCUACAAUUAAAAAUAUCCAUGUUCAUGUUCAUCCGCCAGCAGCGUCUUCACACCAUUCAGAAGAUCAUAGUGUCCAUUAUCCAAUCGAAGAAUAUGGAAGUACAUUACAUCACCGUCCUUCCUCAUUAUAUGGACAUAAAUUAUCAUCAUUAGAUUCAAAUGAUAUUUAUCAACAUUAUCCAUCAGUUAGCACUGAAUAUGAAAUUCAUAAUCAUCACCAACCACACGUAUUUGAGCACAAAAUGGAUUAUGUUGGUAAUUCUUUACUACCUGAUUCCACUGGAGCCAUGCAUUCUACAAAUAUCUAUCAACCGAAUUUACUUCAACGAUAUGAUGAUAUAUCAACGAUAUCAUCCCCUGGUGCUGUUUUAACCGCUGAAGAGAAUGCGUACAUUCAAAGGAUACUUAGUAAAUUGUCUUAGUUUGUGUUUCGUUUUAGAAAUCUAUUU